AUGCUGGGGACGCAGAGCCCGUCUUCGCCCGCGCCAGGCAUUCUUAUGGAGGGUUUCGACCAAGCGAGGCACCCGCGGCGCAAGAGGAAGGCCGAGUCGCAGGACAACGAGCGGCUCUCCAAGCGACUCAGCCUGCUGAACAUUGAACAAGGCGGCUCCAAGCUCUACGUCCCCGUCGAGACACCAUCUGCCAAUGGCAAUGCAGCCGCAACUUCAUCGAUAACAAAGGCACCGAGACCACAGAGCGACGAUGAGGCGAUGCAACUCGACGACUCCAAGCACAAGGUGUACAUCUACAACCUGGACGACGAGCUCUCCUCCGACAGCGACAACGACGAGGGCAAGCUAAUCUUCUUGCCGGAUAUCCAGAAGCACCUCCUGGAGAGUCGUAUUCCCAAGCAUAUUCUGGCAAACGACGAGGGCGAGCUAGCAGGCAUGCAGCUGGUCCUCUAUAGCGACCCCAAGUCCAUAUCCGUGCCGGAAUCGCAAGACGGCGUGCGGAGGGCCAUCAUUGAAGCCCGCCAGCGAGCAAGAGAUAGACAAAAGAAACCAGAUACCAACGAGAUGCACAUCAAUAGCAUGGCACCAGAGACCACCACUGGGACGAUGCCACACGUCGACCCUGCGCCGAACAAUGCUUUCCCUAUUCACGAUAUGUGCGAUGACAUGGAUAUUGAUUGA